CAGGACCAAUGACAAAAUAAAUGAAACUAGCGGAAGAAAAGCGCCUUUUACGAGACCAAGACUCUCUGUGAUGAUAGUCGUGCUCGAGAAUUCAAAUCAUGAGAAUAAGCUGUGUGAAGAAUUUGUUUCCAGUUUUGUCUGUCGCUGUGGUGUUUCUCUACAUGAGUUUGAUGAGGAGACAAUUCCAAACUCAAGAGAAGCAGAACAACGAACAGCUCCUCAACAAGCUGGACAAACUGGAGGCUCAUUUAAUAGCCGUGGAAGAGAAAAGCCUUAAAGUGAAACAUGAGAAGAAGCCAGCAAAGAAGCUGUUCCCAAACUCACACCUUUUCAAGCAAUGGACUGUUGAACUUUCUGAGGAUGACCAGAGGAAGGCUGAAGAUCUCUUUCAGAAAUAUGGCUAUAAUGCCUUUCUUAGUGACCAAUUGCCUCUGGACCGGGAGCUGCCGGACACUCGAGACCACAGAUGCAUUGACCGUGAAUACCCCCACAAUCUGCCCACCCUCAGCGUGGUGCUGAUUUAUCUGGAUGAGGCUCUGUCUGUCAUUCAAAGAGCCAUUUGCAGCAUCAUCAACAGAACUCCAGCCCACCUGCUCAAGGAGAUCAUACUGGUGGACGACCACAGCACAAAUGAAAAUCUGAAAACACAGCUGCAUGCUUAUGUCAGCUCCAUCAAUGAGAAGCACCCAGGGCUGCUGAAGAUGGUGAGUCAUUCAAAGCAGAAAGGACUUUCCCAGGCCAGAAUCUCAGGGUGGAAGGCAGCCACUGGGGAUGUGGUUGCCAUUUUGGAUGCCCACAUUGAGGUCCAUGUCAAAUGGGCGGAGCCUCUGCUUGCACGUAUCCAGGCUGACCGUACGUUGGUCCUGAGCCCCAUGUUUGAUAAAGUCAAUUACUAUGACUUGCAAGUGACAAAAUAUUUUGCCUCUGCUCAUGGCUUUGACUGGGCUCUUUGGUGCACGUACGUGGCAUUCCCCCAGAAGUGGUACGAACAAAAUGAUCCUUCACAGCCAGGAAAGAGUCCCUCUGUAAUGGGAAUUCUUGUGGUUGAUCGUCUGUUUUUUGGUGAGAUUGGGACUUUGGAUGGAGGGAUGGAGGUGUAUGGAGGAGAGAAUGUUGAAUUAGGAAUACGGGUGUGGCUGUGUGGAGGAAGUAUAGAAGUUGUACCCUGCUCCAAAAUUGCUCAUAUCGAAAGGUCACACAAACCCUACAUGUCUGAUAUUAACAAUGUAAUGAAGAGAAAUGCCCUCAGAGUGGCAGAAGUUUGGAUGGAUGAAUACAAGGCAAAUGUGAACAUCGCCUGGGGUCUUCCCAUACAGAACCAUGGGAUAGACAUUGGUGAUGUAUCUGAGAGAAAGAAGCUGAGAAAAAGGCUAAAUUGCAAGCCAUUUAAAUGGUAUCUGGAGAAUGUCUAUACUCAGUUAAAUCCCAUUCAUUGUUUAGCUUAUGGAGCGCUUAUUAAUGAUCUGCAAACAAGUUUAUGUUUGGAUAAGGGGCCACUUGAGGAGAACACUCCUAUUUUAUAUCCAUGUCAUUUCAUGGGAUCACAGACAUUUUUCUAUACUGCACGUGGUGAGAUAUUUGCGCAUCCCCUUCAGUCCCUUAAAAACAAUGGGAACCGCUGUCUAAUUGAUCCUGGCUCAGGCAGGUUUCCAGAGCUGUCCUGGUGUUCAGACACUGAAAAACCAAAACACAUGUACUGGGACUUCAAACAGGGACAGGCCAUACAGAACAGAGACACCAAACGCUGUCUGGAGAUCAGCGCUGAGCAGACAGAAAAGUAUGAAAAGAACGUUUUUCUUCAGGAGUGCAGAAACCAACACUGGAAGAUACAGAAUGUAAUUCAGGACUUUUGAAAUGCAAGAUAUAACCAACUUAUAUAAACACAGCUGCCAUGCUGGAGAAGCAUCAUAGAAAGUGUUAACUAUGAAAAGAUUAGGUGCUAAGAAAUAACAAAAAAAUAAAACAUUUAACUUGCAUGUCAUGUGUCCAUUAACUGGCAGAACCGUGAAAUCUCAGUAAAUACUU